CAGACUAUAAAUUUUUUAGAGUUACUGCCCUUUGAUUAAAUUGUUUACAAUAAACAUGGCAAAACGAGUCGGCAUUUUAACGGAGUUUAAUUACGAGGACCUUGAAUUAUGGUAUCCUUACUACCGACUGAGGGAGGAGGGAUUUGAAACUUUUACUAUUGGCCCCGAGAAAGGAAAGACCUAUAACUCGAAACAUGGCUAUCCCUGCAAAGCGGAAGAGGGCAUAGAUGACGUCAGGGCUGAGGACCUUGCCGCCAUCAUUAUUCCAGGCGGAUUUGCGCCGGAUUACUGGAGAAGGGAUAAAAGGUUCUUAGAUUUGGUGAAGAACAUGCUCGAAUUAGGUAAACCAACAGCUGCUAUUUGUCAUGGGGCUUGGAUGUUCUGUUCGGCAAAGAUUCUGAAAGGAAAAAGACUCACUUGUUUCAUAGCCAUUAAAGAUGACGUGGAAAAUGCAGGGGGUUUAUACGAAGAUUCUCCAGUGGUAGUUGAUGGGAACAUGAUUACUUCGCGUUUGCCAAAGGAUCUUCCAGAUUUCUGCAAAGCCAUCAUUGCUCAACUCAAAACGUAGACGGCAUUGUUGAGUUUGACUAUCUUCAACACUGACCUAUGAAAUAUUUGAUAUAUGUAGAUUUCCUGGUAUGAGAAGUGGUCGUUACACAAUACAGAGAGGAAAUUGCAGUAAAAAGUUCCGAUUUCGAUAAAGCAAAAGAUUUAGACUUUUUUAUGCUCAUUUAUAUCCUAUUUCUUGUGAAUGAUCAACAUAGAAUUAAACCUAUUGCUUUAUU